AGGAACAGCAACAGAUUGUAUUACUUAACAAAUCAUAUUAACAGGUUUAUAUUUGCUGCCCUACAUAAAGCAACCUCUAAAACCAGUUCAUGGUCUGCUGCUAUAUGUUCAUUCAAUACAUUCCAGAGAAGCACCUUAUCCACCAUGGCCCAGACUUCAGAUGAUUGUGAGGAAACUGGAUUGUUCUCUCCUGAUCCUAAAGUGCAGGGAAUGACCACGCUUGACCACAGUGCCUUCAACAAAAUCAUACAAGUUCCUGUGAUCAAAGUAAAGAAGGAAGUUAUCCAUAUUGUCAUGAAAAAUCUUAAGCACAGGCUGAUGAAGAGGCCCAAUCUAAAAAGAGUCCUUGAUGACCCCAAUGAUGAGGACCAUAAAAAGAUUGUCCUUGACCCAUACAUGGUCACAUCGCAAGAUGCAUUUGAUGAACGGGACCAUCAGUUUUUCAGGAAGUUUCAGAUUAACCCUCAGAUUUUUCAGGCUGAUCUUCAAGUGACUUACGACAUUUUAAAGACUGACGAGAUCCUGAAGGCAGUUUUACCCAAAGGUCAGGAUGUCACAACUAGCUUCAGCCGUAUAGGACACAUUGCUCACAUGAAUCUCCGAGAUCACCAACUUCCUUAUAAGAACUUGAUUGGGCAAGUAAUCCUGGAUAAAAACCCCAGCAUCACCUCUGUGGUUAAUAAAAUCAACAUUAUUGACUCAACAUAUAGAAACUUUCAGAUGGAAGUGUUGGCUGGCGAGGAAAACAUGAUAACCAAGGUGAAAGAAAACAGUUUCACUUAUGAAUUUGAUUUUUCCAAAGUGUACUGGAAUUCAAGGCUUGGGACAGAGCAUGAUAGAAUUACUGGACUCUUAAAGAGCGGAGAUUUGGUGUUUGACGUGUUUGCAGGUGUAGGGCCCUUUGCUAUCCCUGCUGCUAAAAAAAACUGCAUUGUCUAUGCCAAUGACUUG